AUGUCCAACUUGUCAGAUCCUAGCGCGGAGGUGGUGGCGUUGUCGCCGACGACGCUUAUGGCAACGAACCGAUUUGUGUGCGAGAUAUGUAACAAAGGGUUCCAAAGAGACCAGAACCUGCAGCUGCACAGGAGAGGGCAUAACCUGCCGUGGAAGCUGAAGCAGAGGAGCACAACCGAGGUGAGGAAGCGGGUCUACAUCUGCCCCGAAUCCAGCUGCGUCCACCACAACCCGGCCAGAGCGCUCGGGGAUCUGACCGGGAUCAAGAAGCACUUCAGCCGCAAGCAUGGGGAGAAGAAAUGGAAAUGUGACAAGUGCUCUAAGAAGUACGCUGUCCAGUCCGACUGGAAGGCCCAUCACAAGACCUGUGGCACCAGGGAGUACAAGUGUGACUGCGGCACCAUCUUCUCCAGGAGAGAUAGUUUCAUCACUCACAGAGCCUUCUGUGAUGCACUAGCUGAAGAGAACAACAAAGUAAACCAAGGGCAAGGGAUGAUGACCCAUACCCAGCAGAUGCCCGAUCUCAUGCCCACAUCCAACUUCGCUGCUGACUACACCAAUCAUUUCGAGCCCAAAAAGUCCCUCCCGCAACCGCAAGACCUCACCCCCACGCCCUUCAAGCCCAUGAACGUCGUCGGUGGGAUGUUCUCCACCACCUCAGGGACUCUGUUCGGUGGGCCCCGCAAUAUGUCCUCCUCCACCUCAUCCGCUACCCUCCACCUCAGCUCCAACGCUGCCGGCGCCUCCUCCUCCUCGGGUUUCGGUUAUCUCCAGGACGGCAGCGGGAAAGGCGGGCCGCAGAUCCCGGGCUCGGCCCACAUGUCCGCAACAGCCCUUCUGCAGAAAGCGGCCCAAAUGGGGGCCACCACCAGCAAUAACUCCCCAAUGAUGCACAAGGGCUUCGCCGGCAGCAUCACUGCUGGUGGGGCCCAAGACCAGAUGGCACCAAUUCCUCGUCCACAACACUCGCAACCAAUAUUGCCAUCCUACAGUGGCACUCAACAACAACUCUGUCACCCCAAUCCUUACGAUCAUCACUUCUCCUCGCAACCCGAUCACCAGACCAACAUUGCUGGACUCAGCGGCGGCGGCGGCGGCUCGCCCACCGCGUUCAUGCAGAAAACGUCGCAGGAGAUGUCGCAGUUGUUCGAUGCGGCAACCGGCGGCUCUUCCAUGAAUGACAUGGGGAUGUUUGCCAGCAUCUUUAUGGCGGGAGAUCACCACAGCCCUGCGCCUCCCGUGGGUUUCUCAAAGAGCUUGGGGCUUCACCAAGAUAAUCUCAGCGGCGGUGGUUCUAGAUUCGGGAGCGAAUUGGCAAGUGACGUAACGACCCGUGAUUUUAUGGGGGUUGGAGGGUCUACACCUGCCAACUUGCAGGAGCAGCAACAACAAAGACUAGAGAUAGAGGCGUUGAGUCAACAACAGCAGCAGCAGCAGCAAAGGAUGGCGCCAACGCUGAAUAACUACCAACAACAGCUCUCAUUAGGAGAAGCUGGAUUGGAUAAGCCCAUUUGGGAUGUCUAAUCCUAAAUCUUGAUCAACGAUACUAGUAAAACCUAGCCUGCUCCCUUUAACAGAGAAAAAGGUGUGCUCUCGUAUUUGGUAAUUGUAUGUGGAGUAGAGGGUUAGCCUGUGACAUUCAAUGGACCAAUAUGUACAAGCCCAAACGAGACUGCUCCCAAGGUUGAUGCAAUCGUCGAGUACAUGUGCUGCAACAAAUAAAUUCUCACUACAGGAAAACUGGUUUUUAGUCAGGGGAACUUAUUCAUGGAAUGAUUCCCGUAAUAAGGAGUGCACUAAUAGUC